ACCACCACCGCCACUACCACCACCACUACCACCACUAUCACCACUACUACCACCACCACCACCACCACCACUACCACCAGUAGUACCACUAGUACCACUACCACCACUACCACCACUAGUACCACUACAACCACUAGUACCACUACCACCACUACCACCACUACCACCACUACCAAUACUACCACUACCACUACCACCACUACCACCACUACCACUACCACCACUACCACCACUCCCACUACCACCACUAGUCCCACUACCACCACUAGUCCCACUACCACCACUACCACCACUACCACCACUACCACUACUAGUACCACUAGUACCACUAUCACCUCUACCACCACUACCACCACUACAACCACUACCACCACUACAACCACUACCACCACUACCACCACUAGUACCACUAGUACCACUACCACCACGAGUACCACUACCACCACUACAACCACUAGUACCACUACCACCACUACUACCACUACCACCACUACCUAUACCACCACUACCACUACCACCAAUACCACUACCACCACUACCUAUACCACCACUACCACUACCACCAAUACCACAUCCACCACUACCACUACCACCACUCCCACUACCACCACUAGUCCCACUACCACCACUACCACCACUACCACCACUACCACUACUAGUACCACUAACACCACUACCACCACUACCACCACCACUACCACAACUACCACCACUACCACCACUAGUUCCACUAGUACCACUACCACCACUACCACCACUACUACCACUAGUACCACUAGUACCACUAGUACCACUACCUCCACUAGUACCACUAGUACCACUACCACCACUACCACUACCACUACCACCACUACCACUACAACCACUACAACCGCUAGUACCACUACCACCACUACAACCACUACCACCACUACCACCACUACAACCACUACAACCACUAGUACCACUACCACCACUACCACCACUACCACUACCACCACUACCACUACCACCACUACCACCACUACCACCACUACCACCACUACCACUACCACCACUACCACUACCACUACUAGCCCCACUACCAACCCUACCACCACCACUACCACCACUACCACCACUACAACCACUAGUACCACUACCACCACUACCACCACUACCACUACCACCACUACCACUACCACCACUACCACCAAUACCAACACUACCACUACCACCACUACAAAUACCAGUACCACAACCAUCACUAGUACAACUACCACAACUACCACCAUUACCACCACUAAUACCACUACCACUACCACCACUACCACCACUAGACCCACUACCACCACUACCACCACUAGUCCCAAUACCACCACUACCACCACUACCACUACCACCACUACCACCACUAGUACCACUAGUACCACUACCACCACUACCACCACUACCACAACUACCACCACUAGUCCCACUACCACCACUAGUCACACUACCACCACUACCACCACUACCACUACCACUAGUACCACUACCACCACUAGUACCACUAGUACCACUACCACCACUACCACCACUACCACCACCACUACCACCACUACCACCACCACUACCACCACUACCACCACCACUACCACCACUAGUACCACUACCACCUCUACCACCACCAGUACCACUACCACCACUAGUACCACUACCACAACUACCACCACUACCACCACUAGUACCACUACCACUACCACCACUACCACCACUAGUACCACUACCACAACUACCACCACUAGUACCACUACCACCACUAGUACCACUACCACCAUCAGUACCACUACCACCACUAGUACCACUACCACAACUACCACCACUACCACUACCACCACUACCACCACUACCACUACCACCACUAGUACCACUACCACAACUACCACCACUACCACCACUAGUACCAAUACCACCACUAGUACCACUAGUACCACUACCACAACUACCACCACUAGUACUACUACCAACACUACCACCACUACCACCACUUCCACUACCACCACUACCACCAAUACCAACACUACCACUACCACCACUACCACCACUACCACUACCAGUACCACUACCACCACUAGUACCACUACCACAACUACCACCAUUACCACCACUAGUACCACUACCACUACCACCACUACCACCACUAGACCCACUACCACCACUACCACCACUAGUCCCACUACCACCACUACCACCACUACCACUACCACCACUACCACCACUAGUACCACUACCACCACUACCACCACUACCACAACUACCACCACUAGUCCCACUACCACCACUACCACCACUAGUCACACUACCACCACUACAACCACUAGUACCACUACCACCACUACUACCAAUACCACCAAUACCUAUACCACCACUACCACUACCACCACUACCACCACUACCACAUCCACCACUACCACUACCACCACUCCCACUACCACCACUAGUCCCACUACCACCACUACCACCACUACUAGUACCACUACCACCACUACCACCACUACCACCACCACUACCACAACUACCACCACUACCACCACUAGUUCCACUAGUACCACUACCACCACUACCACCACUACCACCCCUACAACCACUAGUACCACUAGUACCACUAGUACCACUACCUCCACUAGUACCACUAGUACCACUACCACCACUACCACCACUACCACUACCACUACCACCACUACCACUACCACUACAACCACUACAACCACUAGUACCACUACCACCACUACCACCACUUCCACUACCACCACUAGUACCACAACUACCACCACUACCACCACUAGUACCACUACCACAACUACCACCACUACCACCACUAGGACCACUACCACAACUACCACCACUAGUCCCACUACAGUCACUACCACCACUAGUCCCACUACCACCACUACCACC